CGUCUUCCCACGUCUUAUCUUCUUUUUUUCCACAAUUUUUUUAUGCUAAAUUAUUUUAUUUUUUACUUUUAUUUUUUAGACUACUUAUACUCUUAUAUUUUAAAAAUGUUGGCCGAAAAAUCAGACACUUUUGACACAGUUGAACAGGCCACAGAAGUUUCUACAACACCAAAAGAAGAGAGAAUCAGAGACUUGCCUGGACAAAAUCCUUCAGUAACCAGACAAAGCCCUCCAUUGAAUGGGCCUCGAAGGACGAGUAAUCCGGUUCAAGGAAUUUUGGAUUUGGCUACUAAUAGUCAGGAACUUCAACAGCUUACAACAGCUACAGCAGCAAAAAUUGAUUCUCUUAAAAAAUGGACUUUGACUACUUACAAAAAUACAAAACAUUUGUAUUUGGAACAUAUGGGAAAGAUUGACAAAACAUCAGAUCUGGAUUUAAAUGCUCGAAUAGCAGAGCUGCAGGAAUUACGAAAAUGUUAUAGAGAAUUGCUUUCGAAUGCUCGUAAUUUUACCAAUUAUAUGGUUCUUGCUAAUAAUAUGCAGAAGGGUAUGGCAAGUGCUUUGUGUGAAUUGGCUACUAAAGAGACCGCUAUUUCUAAAGAAUUAAAUAUGCAAAGCGAGCUCUUCUCUGUUAUGGGACAACAUAGUGAACCUUUACAAAGAAGUUUGUCACUUUUUCUUUCUUCACUUCAAACACUUUGUGAUAAUACUAUUGAAGAUACUUUUUUGACUAUUGAAAGUCAUAACCAGGCUCGACUCGAAUUCGAUGUUGGCCGUAAAGAAUUGCAAGCAGCGCGUGAAAACCCUAACAGUACUGCUCAAACAAUUGCUGUUUUAGAAGAACAAUGUAACCAACAAAGGGCAAAAUAUGAACAAUUGAAGGAAGAUGUUAGGGCAAAACUUGUUUUAUUAGAAGAAAAUCGUUGCAAAGUUAUGCGAAAACAAAUUUUAGCUUUACACAAAUCUUUUGGUCAAUGCCAUUUAAAUUGUUCUCAAGCAGUGGAAAAUUCAACAGGAUCAAAUGAUUUUACAAAAAUGGCCGUUUUAAAUGGUGGACAGGAUUCUUUACCGACAAAUUUGGCUUAUGGUGGAAGUAAUGGAUUCCAAUCAUUUUUGGAAAAAUAGAAAAAAAAUUUGAAGAAUAUUGAGGAAAAGUAAAAAGGUUCUUUUUGUGGAUUUUACUUAAAGAGAAGAUUCUGUUUUACUUAAAAUGUGAGACCCUUUUUGCAAUGUGAGACCUAACUAGUAGUCCUUUGACCAUUUUUUGACUAUUUUUUGUGGGUAUAUUUUUUCUUAAUUUUUCUUUUAUUUUUUGAAUUCAAUUCUGGUCAUCAAAAAAUGGUUAUUUAAAGGAAUACUGCAAUUACCUUAAUGGUAAAUGUCCUGGUUGGUGGUCUACCUGUCCGCAAAAAAUAUGCACACUUUUUUCUUCCCUCUUUGCAUUUUUUGGAUAUUUUUGGAUUAUACAUUUUUGGACUCGCUAAUUUUUUUCCUUUUCUGUUCAACAGAAUUAUUUUUUUUCUUUGCGGACAUAGGUAGACCGACAACAGGAACAUCUACCUACCUCAAGGGCGUAUCCAGGGGGGGGGGG